AUGGCCGCCGCUGCGACCAUGGCGGCAGCUGCCCGAGAGCUGAUGUUGCGGGCUGGGGCCUCAGAUAUGGAGGAGGAGGAGGGCCCGCUGGGGGGUGGUCCUGGUCUUCAGGAGCCAUUGCAACUUGGAGAGUUGGACAUCUCCUCUGAUGAAUUCAUCCUGGAUGAAGUGGAUGUUCACAUUCAGGCAAAUCUGGAGGAUGAAUUAGUAAAGGAAGCUCUUAAAACGGGCGUGGAUCUCCGACACUAUUCAAAGCAGGUUGAGCUGGAGCUACAGCAGAUUGAGCAGAAGUCCAUUCGGGAUUAUAUCCAAGAGAGUGAGAACAUAGCAUCUCUGCACAACCAGAUUACAGCCUGCGAUGCUGUUCUUGAGCGCAUGGAGCAGAUGUUGGGAGCUUUUCAGAGUGACCUCAGCUCUAUCAGCUCUGAGAUCCGGACACUGCAGGAACAGUCAGGAGCCAUGAACAUUCGGCUUCGAAACCGCCAGGCAGUUCGGGGGAAACUUGGGGAACUUGUCGAUGGUCUGAUAGUGCCCUCUGCUCUGAUCACGGCAAUUCUGGAGGCCCCAGUGACAGAGCCCAGGUUCCUGGAACAGCUACAGGAACUGGAUGCCAAGGCAGCUGCAGUCCGAGAGCAGGAGGCUAGAGGCACAGCGGCCUGUGCAGAUGUCAGAGGCAUACUCGACCGGCUCCGGGUCAAGGCAGUGACGAAGAUCCGAGAAUUCAUCCUGCAGAAGAUUUAUUCCUUCAGAAAACCAAUGACCAACUAUCAGAUCCCCCAGACGGCACUGCUGAAAUACAGGUUCUUCUAUCAGUUUCUACUGGGCAAUGAACGAGCAACAGCAAAGGAGAUCAGGGAUGAAUAUGUGGAAACACUGAGCAAGAUCUACCUGUCUUAUUAUCGCUCUUACCUGGGGCGGCUCAUGAAGGUGCAGUACGAGGAAGUGGCUGAGAAGGAUGAUCUAAUGGGCGUGGAAGACACAGCAAAGAAAGGAUUCUUCUCAAAGCCUUCCCUCCGCAGCAGGAACACCAUCUUCACCCUGGGGACUCGGGGCUCUGUCAUCUCCCCCACUGAACUGGAGGCCCCCAUCCUGGUGCCCCACACUGCACAGCGGGGAGAACAGAGGUAUCCCUUCGAGGCCCUCUUCCGCAGCCAGCACUACGCCCUCCUAGACAAUUCCUGCCGUGAAUAUCUUUUCAUCUGUGAAUUCUUUGUUGUGUCUGGCUCGGCUGCGCACGAGCUCUUCAAUGCUGUCAUGGGCCGUACACUCAGCAUGACCCUGAAACACCUGGAGUCCUAUCUCACUGACUGCUACGAUGCCAUUGCUGUUUUUCUCUGUAUCCACAUUGUUCUCCGAUUCCGCAACAUUGCAGCGAAGAGGGAUGUUCCUGCCCUGGACAGGUACUGGGAGCAGGUGCUUGCCUUGCUCUGGCCACGGUUUGAGCUGAUCCUGGAGAUGAACGUCCAGAGUGUCCGAAGCACUGACCCUCAGCGCCUUGGGGGGCUGGAUACUCGGCCCCACUAUAUCACACGCCGAUAUGCAGAAUUCUCCUCUGCUCUUGUCAGCAUCAAUCAGACAAUUCCCAACGAGCGGACGAUGCAGCUGCUGGGACAGCUACAGGUGGAAGUGGAGAAUUUUGUCCUGCGGGUGGCAGCUGAGUUCUCCUCAAGGAAGGAGCAGCUGGUGUUCCUGAUCAACAACUACGACAUGAUGCUGGGUGUACUGAUGGAGCGGGCUGCAGAUGACAGCAAAGAGGUUGAGAGUUUCCAGCAGCUGCUCAAUGCUCGGACGCAGGAAUUCAUUGAAGAGUUGCUGUCUCCCCCUUUUGGAGGUCUGGUGGCAUUUGUGAAGGAAGCGGAGGCUUUGAUUGAGCGUGGACAGGCUGAGCGGCUUCGAGGGGAAGAAGCCCGGGUUACUCAGCUGAUCCGUGGCUUUGGUAGUUCCUGGAAAUCAUCAGUGGAGUCCCUGAGUCAGGAUGUAAUGCGGAGUUUCACCAACUUCAGAAAUGGGACCAGUAUCAUCCAGGGAGCUUUGACCCAGCUGAUCCAGCUCUAUCAUCGGUUCCACCGUGUGCUCUCUCAGCCCCAGCUCCGAGCUCUCCCUGCCAGGGCUGAGCUCAUCAACAUUCAUCAUCUAAUGGUGGAGCUCAAGAAGCACAAGCCCAACUUCUGA